ACGUUUGUUGACGGCUCGUGCCGCGCCAACCCCACAGUUGGCGGGUAUUAGCAACAGAUCACAAAUUUACUCCGCGAACAGAAUAUUAAUUUAAGACCUCGCCGCAUAAAGCUAAGUUAAGUCAGUAACUAGAAAAUGUCUGACUGGACCAGAACCAGGCGUAGCUUAGUUGACGGCAGCUCGCAUGAAAACAGGAACCAAGGCCCGUCUCACUGGUCCCAUUGCAGAAAGAGAGGAGUCGACGGUAGCGUAAGGGACAAGAGAGAGACGGACGCUUAUGAUAAGAAAACCCACCGACACACUGACAGCAGCUCCAGACACCCUGAUGGCAGGCAUGCCAAUUUCACCACUCCAGAAAGCGAAGGCCCAGUCUCUCGCUGUGGCAGACAGACUGACUGGGGCAGCCAGGUGGAGAAUGAUGAGUUGAGGAGAGACGUUCAAAGAGACAUGCAGUGUUACAGGAGGAGGAUUCUAGCUGCAGAAUUAACUCAGAGAGAGAGGAAGACUUCUUCUGGCUCAUCUGGAAGCUGUGACUCCAGAGAGGGAGAGCACAUGGAGACUGAUGAGGCUGUGUUGCUACGGCGACAGAAACAGAUCAACUAUGGCAAGAACACAAUGGCCUAUGACCGAUACACCAAAGAGGUUCCCAAACAUCUUCGCCAGCCAGGCAUUCAUCCUAAGACUCCAAAUAAGUUCAAGAAAUACAGCCGUCGCUCUUGGGAUCAGCAGAUUAAACUCUGGAAGGUCAAAUUGCAUGCCUGGGACCCCCCUGUGCAGGAGGGCAAAGAGAAAGACCUAAAUGACAUUGAGGAGCUGGACCUGGAUGAUGUGAUGGACAUUGAGCUGGACUUCCCAGCUCUCCCAGACUCCCAGAAUUCCACAGCCUUCAUCAACAGACACAACCCUUUACUGGAGGAUGAAGAUUAUUUGGGCACUCCCAGUAAAGUCAUGAGGACUGAGAGCACAGGGGAGCAGGAUAUGGCAUAGCACUGUCAUCGGCCCUCUUGACAAGAAAAUAUAACAUUUUAUACAAUUAGAUCAACAAUACAUUUUUCUGUGGCACAUUUGCUCCUCAUUUCCUGCCAUAGUUUACAUGCUGAUUUUGUUCCAGUUGCUUUUACCUGCUCAAGGCAGUUCUGCCCUUCUAUUCUGCUGCAAUAUAUGUUGUUUGUGUAUAUCAGAGCUAUAGCAUAACACACUCAGCAGCUUAUUCUCUUAUAUGGUAGUAUUUUCUUAAUGCAGUGGUUGGGCUGCUGGCCUGCUCAUGGAGGCUUCUCAAAUGGCAAGACACAUUUUAAUGAACUUUGGUCAUACCAAGGUAUUCCAAAAAAGUAGAACUGUCGCCUGUGGCCUACCAAAGUAGCCACUCAUUGAAAGCUGAGAGCAGCUGUGGUUGCAGUUAUUUUUUUUAAUGCCGUUAUCUCAAAUAACAGUGCUUGUGUUCUUGAGAUAAUGAGUUAACAGCAUUAAAAAUGUUUUUGCAACCAUGGACAAAUUAAAUAAUAUAAGCCGCCAAAGCAGAAGUACAGAAGCAUAAAACACCUUUAUCUUUCAGUUUUAGUGGAAAAAAAAUCAUUGAUUUGAUUUGGACAGUGGCCCUGAUCCCACAGCAGCAGUCAACAAAGAUGAUGUAUGGGCAGACCAGAGGUAAAAACUUGAGUUUUUCUUGGUAUGAUUUUUGUUUUUAUGUUUUAUUUUGUUGAACUGUAUCACUUGUUAGUUGCUUUCUCAGAGAAAAUAGAUAUUGUUGUAACAACACUGAUUACUUGUUUUGGUUUGGAUGUGAUUUUAUUUUUAAAAUACAAAUAUUACUAAGUUUCUUAUUAUAAAGCUGGUGUUUUAUGAUGAAUAUCUUCAAAUAAAAACAUCAGUGCCACA